ACCAAAGUAAACUCAAUACGGAAGAAGUUUUACCCGUUGAACGCGCAACACUAUGGCCAAAACCAACAUGAAGUAGGCCUUUUCCUCUCGUGCUCAUUGACCCGCAAACCUCUUCUGUGCGUUCGAUUUGAAGAAUGAAGGCUGGCAGCAACGUCAAGCUCGUCAACAUCGAGCAUUUUUACCGAGUUGUAACAUGAUCAUUCGGCGGCGCAUCCGCAUCGCACGACGACGGCCGCGGCCGGGACUGAGCUCCGGUUCAAAAUAGGCCAAUUUCAAUUUAUUACAAGGCGUAGCAUUUCGAAUUCUCCAUCUCCACUCAUCAUCACCAAGCGCUGUAUACGAAGGCAGAGGCAGACCAAUAUAAGUAAGUACUUAAGCAUCUCUCGUCAUCGACGUCUGUACCUGUAGUGCCACGACGUUUGUAUAGUGUAUAGGUACAUUAUAGCUUCCAAGUAGAGUAAAAAUAAAAUGCAGACAGUCACGAAUUACGAGGAAGAGGAAGACACGCUGGGCGAAGUUAUCACACACAGAAGAUGAUGAAAACCACUACACGACUGUCACUGGUGUCGGGAGCAUGAGUAUUAAGUUGUCGUCGUUGAUGUCCUGCAGCUUUGCGUUUUGCAGAAAUAGAAAAUCAAAAGAAACGAAAAUAACAACGAGGCCACACUCGCACACAGAUGUUGAAGAAGCAUCUUAUGUUUGUUUUGUAGCCGAUUGCGAUUCAUGGAAGAAGUUUUGACCUCAUCGAUGCAUCUUCUACACGCCUCCACUAUAGUGCAGAAGCAGAAGUGGUUUUCUUUAUCUUCUGGAUAUUACUUGGCUCCUGUGGUUGCCCCCGGACGGAGGAACCGAACAUGUAUGGGCUACUCAGCUGGAUUAUGACAGUGCGCAACUCGUCCCCCUCCCCGUCAUUUGUAUAGCAUGAACAGCAAAAAUACAGGCAUCAGCAAGGAUGCCGGUUUUGCAUGACAAAUUUGUACUGGAGUAGAGUGCUACUCGGGCUACGAGAACUUGUCAUGCAAACAGUGCCAAGGGCCAAUGGGUGGAUAUGGAUUGGGUAUUUUGCAUGACAAAUGAGGGGGAGCAGGGAGAGUUGUGCAUUGUCAUAUAAUGGAUGAAAAAAAUUAAGUGGAAAAAGGUGAACAAAGAGCAAAUUUGACUUUCUCCGAUACCGAUCCCUGUUGUAGCAACUUCUCUUGCAUGAUGAGAGAUGUUGAUUCUAUUUGCAUGGAAUGCAAUGCGGUUUGGAAGUACGUGUCAUGCCAAACACGUAUUAAAGUAUAAGUAGUGGUAGAGCAGGACUUCCUGUUGUUCUUGACUCGGGGGCACCCGAUGUAUUAAUUAAUACUUCCCGCAUGUUGAAAUAAAGAUAAUUGAUCUUGCAUGAAUAAAAUGAUAUUAUUUAUACAAAUUCUUUCCCUUGAGAUGAUUAUUCCCACUGUUGAGGCUUGUUCCAUAACUGCUUUUUGAAGUUUCUUUGCUGCACUUAUGCAUUGCAAAUAUGUCUGGGUCUGGAAGAAUGCAACCUCUCUUGCUAAAAAAUCUGAAUCAUGCAAAAAUCUGUGUUGCAUGGUUGCCAAAAGUCGUCCGGCUUUGACCAAGUCGGGAGGGAGUUUCUCAUGCAGGAUAGGCAUGAUAGAGAUCGCGGAGAAUCUGUCGCGCUAGGUCCUGCAUUCCAGACCUCAAGGGUUAUGGAAAAGCUGCGUUACAAAUCUCGUAAUCUUCCAGACCAACACAUAUUUGCAAUUGAUAGCACUUGCUCGAUCGCGAAUUGGGAUGGGUAUGCAGGCUGCCCCUUUGUCAUCUCCGUUGCCGGUGUGUCCGGUGGCAGUUUGUUGCUUCUGAUUGCAGUCGUGCUGCGUUGCACCGCCUACGUGACCGAAACGACUACGGUCACGACAGUUACGCAGGGCAGUUCCGGCGGGGCGACUACAUAUCAAGUGAAAAUAUGUCUGGGUCUGGAAGACUGCAUGUUUGUCAUGCUUGUCUGGCAUGGCUCUCAAAUCUGUCAUGCACGUUACCCAAGAGCGCAAGGCGAUUUUUCUGACAUUCAGAAACGCAGUUUGUCAUGCAGAAUAGGCAACACUUAGAACAAGCUCAGAAACCUGUCAUGCUGAGCCAGCACCACUUGUGGCCUCCUCAUGGUGCGCCACCCAGCAUCACAAGUUUCCAGACCCUGACAUAUUUUCAUUUGAUACUACAAGCGCUAGUACAACUGAAACAGACGACGCAAGAACGUCAUCAGAGGAGACUAGUAGUGAAGAGACUGGCUGUAUCCUGAGUAAAAACGUCCCCACACCAGAGUUGUAAUGCAGAUUUGCAAAGACAGGAAGACUUGUAAUGCGCAUCCCCAUGAGAGCCAUUUCCAAUCGUGUUUUGGAAUUUGUGAUGCUGUGAACAGGAUGAGCAGAUGAAUCUGUGACGUGGAUGCACUUGCUAACCUGCACUACACUGCAGAGCGCAACUUGUCACGCGUGACUCACAAAGCUCCUAGGUUUGUGUUGCAAAAUCCCCAUCCUGACUCUGGUGUGGGUACGUUUUUACUCAGGAUAGCGUGGAAGGGCGGCGCGUGCGUGGGGGUUUUGUUCUGGUUUGCGGUAAUUACCGGCGUAGCGCUUCUCGUCGCCGCAAUGGCGCACGGCGCAUUUUUCUGGGUGCCCUCCGUCUACCAACCACCGAAAAGGUAUGGAAGCGUCAGGUUUGAAAUCGUCAAAGUUGAAAUAGUCUGUAAUGCAUAAAAUGCAUGACCCGACCCCGAGGCACGUGUGUUGCAGAGCAGGUAAGUGAGGCCGAUUGCAAGCCUGUUCGGGGUUACAGCUCGAGCUGCUAAAGUAGCAUGAGAAAAUCACUCUUCUUUGCCUAAACAGCAUGACAAACUGGAUCUAGGGACCACCGAAAUUUGUCAUGCGCCACUUAGAAACUGGAUUCCAACUGGCAACCAUUUUAUGCAUGACAAAUUAUUUCAACUUUGUUGAUUUCAACUCUGACACAUCCAUAAAAGGCGAACGACCCAUGCCGCGAUGAUCCCCGCACUGGGGCCGGCGGUCAAGGCCAAAAAUAAAGCUGUUAGCACAAGAACCAGUGAUGGCGCAGCAGCAGAAACCGCGCCGCCCCCUGGUUCGCAGCAGGGGGGUGACGCCCCUGCAGACGUGGAUAUUAUUUCCGAAGAUAUCGAAAGGAAAAAUGCCCCCUCGCCAUAAUAUCAAAAUGGAACUUCUGACGCUGAAUUUGUGUACGCAAAUACGCUUUGCAUUGAUGCAGGAAUGCAUUGCGUUUGCGGCCAGAUCUCCAACCUAGGUAGGGGCUUUUGGGUCCUCUAGAAGUUGUUCAGCAUUGCAAACGGCUGCCCUGUUUUAGGCCCAAGAACAGCAUGGAAAAGCGCUUCCAUAAUGGGACGCACAAGCUUCUGCCCUUGUCUUCUUGCAAGACAAAGAACGUGACUCGUGGCCACAAAUCAGCAAGAACGCAAAUUUUCGGAAGCUGCGUGCCUUUUCAAGAUGGGGACGAGGGGGAGUUUUUCCUUUUGAUAGAAGGGGGGCCAUCUUCUUCAACUAUCAAAUGUAAAAAUAUCUGGGUCUGGAAGAUUCUGAGAUUUGUCAUGCAUGUUUUGCAUGACCCAGGAUGUCUGUAAUGCACGACCGCGCAUCACAGAUUUUGAGCGGGCUUCCUGAUGCCUACUCCGCAUGACAAACGCCCUCCCCGCGUAGCACAAACUAGACUCCUCUUGCUGGUCAUGCAAUACAGAGUUUUCUAGAGUCCAAAGUUAGCAUCACAAGUUCCAAUUUUCCAGACCCAGACAUUUUUACAUUUGAUAUCAACCGCGGGCAGCCAACUCCAGUCCGGAGUUAAUACAAGUCUCGCACACAGCGUAGCGGCCGGGACGUAUCCUGUGCAAAAGUAUCGUACUCGUUGUAUUGCAAUCAUGCAUUACAAAUCCUUUUGUUAAGGUAAAUCAGCACUACAAAUUUUAUUUCUCAUGCUGAGGAAAUUUGUAAUGCAUUUAUACGAAUGCGAUGCUUUUGCAAUGCAUAGGACGGGCGGCGGUUGGAUGUCCUCCGCGAGUGCUGGCGCAAAAAUAUCAAAUGCAAAUAUGUCCUCUGUGUCUGGAAGAAGGCAAGGUCUGUCAUGCUUGUCUGGCAUGAGUAAAGGGUUUGUGAUGCGUGUCCCAGAAAAGCCUUCUGCUUCUUGCUUGUCAUGCAAAAACGCAGUUUGUCAUGCGAGAAACGCAACGCAAAGCCUCGCAAAUCUUUCUCAUGCUUGGCUGUGCAUUACAGAGCAGUCACCAUUCACAGCCCAGCAUUCCAAGUUUCCAGACCCAGACAAAUUUGCAUUUGAUAAAAAAUGAACUGGAACAAAUUGAAGAACAUGGGGCUCCCCCCUGGGGCUGAGGGAUCUGGACGCUUCAACAGUCGGGCAAGAGGGUAUGACAGUGCACAACUCCCCCUCGUUCUCAUUUCUCAUGUUGCAAAUGACAACUCCACGCUUUCCCUCCUGUCACUAUUAUGCAUGACAAGUUCUGGCAGCCCAACCAGUCCUAAGUACACUCUAGCACAAAUUUGUCAUGCAAAACCGGCACUCUUGCUGGUGCAGCUUGCAUUGUCGUUCAUGCUAUACAAAUGAGGGGGAGGGGGAGUUGAGCACUCUCAUAGAGGGCCCCGGGGAAAUUCCGCAUCUGCUGCGGACAUUUAUCUCCUGACCGGCGAAUCUUCCAUAUCAAAGUGAAAAAAGCCCCCACCCCAUAUAGGAAACAGAAGAUGCGCGAAUUUGUGAUGCUGUAUUUGAGUACACAAAUCGACUUGUAUUGCUAGAAGGCCAAGAGACGAAGCUGCGGCCUAAAUGGCAGGUAAUCUGUCAUGUUGUUUCCCACUUCCAGUUGCCUCCUGUCAUCCUGGAGCUGCAGGGCUUUCCCACGCUAGACAGCACUACAGUCCGCAUCUUUUUCCUUCUAGCAUCACAAAGCUUUUUUGUGACCCCAAAUCUGCAUCACAGAUUUCCGUUUUGAUAUGGGGAGGGGGCGUUUUUCAUUGUAAUAUUCCAUCUCGGGCUUGCAGAGCACCAGCGGCGAGGCCGCGGCGGUGAAUGCGCGACCUGCUGAGGAUAUCAACUGCAAAAAUGUCUGGGUCUGGAAACUUGUGAUGCAAGAAAGGGAAUAGUGAACUCACUAUAAUGCGCGGCCAAGCAUCACAAGUUUUUUCCAUGGCUCUGAGUUGCGUACUCCGCAUGAGAAACUGCGUUUUUGCAUGACAGGGAGGAGGAGCUCCUCGCGGCCAUGCAACACAGAGUUCAGAGUCAUGCCAGACAAGCCUGUCAAAUCUCGCAAUCUCCCAGACCCAGACACUUUUGCAUUUGAUAGAUGACCACGCUGAGCAAGAGCAGGUGCUGGUACCUGACCCACCGGAACGGCGUUCGUCCAUCUACCGCCAGCACGAUGAUCACCCGGACUUCGACCCGCAGCAUGUUGAUAAUCAUGAUGCGGCCUCCGAAGAUGUUGAGGAGGGGUCGCACGACAGCCACAUGAGCUUCGACGAUAUGGAAGCGUCAGGUUUGAAAUCGUCAAAGUUGAAAUAAUUUGCAACGCAUAAAAUGCAUGACCCGCGGCACGUGUGUUGCAGAGCAGGCAAGUGAGGCCGAUUGUAAGCGUGUUUGGGGUUACAGCUCGAGCUGCUAAAGUAGCAUGAGAAAGUCGCCCUUCUUUGCCUAAACAGCAUGACAAAGUGGAUUUAGGGACCACCGAAAUUUGUCUUGCGCCACUUACAAACUGGGUUCCAACUGGCAUCCAUUUUAUGCAUGACAAAUUAUUUCAACUUUGUCGAUUUCAACUCUGACACAUCCAUAGACGAGGGCUCCGCAGUAGAAAUUUCGGACGAAGCCGCCAACUAUGGGAGUGUCAGGAUCGAAAUCGACAAAAUCGAAACGAUCUGCAAUGCAUAAAAUGCUACGCAAAAAGCGAGUCUAUUGCAGUGGAUGCAAGGAAGACGGAUUGUAGUCCUGGUAAGGGUUAAGUGUUGGGCUGCUGACUAGCAUGACAGAAGGCAGCUGCUUUGCCCUAAACCGCAUGACAGAUUCGCUUCCAGGACGGGGAGAAUUUGUCAUGCGCCGACUACAAACUGUGGCUCUAACUGGCAUCGAUUUUGUGCAUCACAAGUUUUUCGAUUUUGUCAAUUUCGAUCCUGACAGUUCCAUACCAACCUGUUCAAAAAUAUCAUGGUGGCCAAAAACUUCCACCCCACGCCACAUGAACAUCAUGAGCCUCCGGCAGAAGAGCAACAGCAAGCGGAACAAGAACCACAGCAGAACGUCGAUGAGGUGCUGGCCACCAGCAAUUCCAACUUCGACCCAGGCUAUGCGAGGACCACCGGAGCAGGUGCUAGUAGCAGUGGAACGGUGCAUAUCGCAAGAAAGAACUGUUUCAGUGUGAACUUGUGAUGCAGAGAAUGGAGCAUAGAACGAUUUGUCUUGCUACACCUGCAUAGAGCAUUGGAGUUUUAAGCGUGUUUCCACUAUGGGAAAUGCGCGCGUGGGAAAUUUUCUGUGUCAUGUGUAACAUCAAACUUGUGAUGCAGAUCUUGCAAGAUCAUCUGAGUGAGACAUUUUUUUCGUGGGAUAGUGCAAGUCGUUGUUGGAGCGGGCGCGGCGGCGGCGGCGGCCAACUACCUAUGAAAGCCUCAGAAUGGAAAUCCUCAAAGAGGACAUACUUUGUGAUGCAUGAAAUGCAAGGCAAAAAAGACUGGAUUGCAGAGGACGCAAUGGAGUCCGACUAUUGUCCUGCUAGGGGUGAAGAAUUGGGCUGCUGAUUAGCACGACAGAAGGGCACCCCUUUGCUUAACUAGCAUGACAGACACGUUUUGAAUGCCCGGGAAAUUUGUCAUGCGCCGACUACAAAUGGCGCUUCAACUGGAGUCGUUUUUUUGCAUUACAAAUUAUUUCCACUUUGAGGAUUUCCAACCUGAGGCUUUCAUACUACCCUGGUGCUCUUGCGUCGUCCGGGGGCGCCGCACAGUUUCUGCCCCCCGCGCGUCGUCCGCCGCCACUGUCGCCCGAGGAGCAAGAGAGGCUGGCCGCGCUAGAUCGCGCUAAGGGUACCAGCUCUCUGGCGAAACGCAGAGCCGCGCGUGCGAAUAAGAGCAGUGGGUCCUUGGCAAUGGCCAACAUGGUGCAGCUGGUGGCGAACAACAAGCAGGCAAAUAAGACGCACAACGUGCAGGCGGAGGACAGCACGAUCGUCAACUCUGCAGCGAGCACCGAAUUAUCAAAUGCAAAAAAUUGUCUGGGUCUGGAAGAUUGCGAGAUUUGUCAUGCUUGUCUGACAUGACCAAAACGUCUGUGCUGAUGCGUGUCCAAGUAGAGACCCUUGUGCCUGUCAUGCAAAAACGCAGUUUGUCAUGCGAAAAACGCAACACGAAGAAGCGCAGAUAUUAAUUUCUCAUGCUUGUCUGUGCAUUACAGAGCGUUCACCAUUCCCAUCGCAGCAUUAAAAGUUUCCAGACCCAGACAUAUUUGCAGUUCAUACGAAUCCCCAACGCGCAACACACAGCAGCUCGACAGCAGCGUGGUACAUAUCAACUGCAAAUAUGUCUGGGUCUGGAAGUAGAGUGCGAACUUGUGAUGCGCAUUUCACAACACAUAAAAAUCUCUCAUGCAUAGGCAGCAAAAGCUACCCACUCUCUGGCGUCACCAAAAUGUGGCAUUUGUGGUCUUGCGGAUUCACGGCAUUGCGGAAGCUUCUCGAAAUCUGUGACGCUAGAGCUUCCAUGCCAGACCUUAUGCGUCAUGCAAAAGCAGCAUGAGACCCAGACACACACAUUUGCAUUUGAUAGUACAGCCGCAGGAUCAACAACAUAAUCCGGUUGAGCACGAACACGUAGAGGGCUGGCACAACGCCGCCGCCGGGCGAGUGCCAGAAGGAGAUCAAAUCAUAUUAACCCCCCGCGGCCCACCAGGAGAAGCUGAAGCAGAAAGAGAUGAAAGUGAAAUUAUAUUCACCGGCCUCGCAGCACCUGUAGUUCAAGUCUUCACUUUGGGUGCGCUGUAUUGCAUGCCAAAAGCAAAAACGGCACUGCGCGCGCCAGCACUGACAGGGGCUGCAGGCUGCCCUUGCAUAGGGCGCAGAACUACUGUAGGCCCCCUUCGCACCUGCUCGCGCGCUCUGUUAGUUUGA